AUGCCGUCCAAAGAACCUGUCAUGAGCGCGUUCGAGCGCAAGAGGCUCGAAAACAUCGCACAAAAUAAUGCGAUCUUGGGCGAGAUCAGCACCACAGCAGAGAAAAUUAUUCCUCAACCAAAGCCUCCGAAACCCAAACGUUCCAGUACCCCUCGAACCAAGCGCGAACCCAUCCAGCGCGAGCCACCCCGUCCUACGCGCCAGAGCAGUCGACUUGCCGGCCUCAAACCCGAUGCCGACCCGGAACUUCUCAAGCGCAAGGCUGAGGUCGAUGCUGAGGCUGAGGCACAACAGGUGAAGGCCAAGAAGAUGCGUGUAGAUGAGGAUCUUAAGCUGGGCGACAUCCAAGUUGAGGGUCGCAAGUGGGAGGCUGGCCUGGAUGGGUUGGCAGGUUUGAAGGGCUUGAGUCGAGGCGCUCAGCCUGGGCUCAGAACAUUUACGGACGAAGACGUCAAGGAGACCACAGAUAAGGUCCUCAAGGAAUUGCGGCUGCGCAUGAGCAGCUUAAAGCUGUACGAGAAGUGGUCGGUCCAGGACAUCAAGAUUGUGCCACAGCGUGUAUACUCAAUGGGCUUCCAUCCCACAGAGGAAAAGCCGAUCAUAUUUGCCGGAGACAAGGAGGGUGCCAUGGGUGUGUUCGACGCUUCUCAGGAGCCGCCCAAGGUCGAAGACGACGAGGAGGAAGAGAUUGAGCGCCCGGAUCCCAUCAUAUCAGCUUUCAAAACCCACUCCCGCACCAUCUCAGCUUUCCACUUCUCCCCGGUCGAUGCCAAUGCAGUCUUCUCUGGCUCUUACGAUUCCUCAAUCCGCAAGCUUGACCUUGACAAGGGCAUUUCAAUCCAAGUUUAUGCUCCGGCUGAUCCCAACGAGGAUCUUGCCAUUAGCGCGAUCGACAUGCCCACCAAUGAUCCCAACAUGAUUCUCUUUUCUACUCUUUUUGGCUCUCUCGGACGGCACGAUUUGCGCACCAAGCCGUCCGCGGCAGAUAUUUGGCACCUGACUGACCACAAGAUUGGCGGAUUCACACUGCAUCCCCGCCAUCCUCACCUUGUGGCUACGGCCUCUUUGGACCGCACAUUUAAGAUUUGGGACCUGCGCAAGAUCACUAAGGGUGAGAGUGGUCACACUCCAGCGUUGCUGGGCACUCAUGAGUCACGUCUGUCGGUGUCACACGCGAGUUGGUCUGCGGCUGGUCAUGUCGCAACCGCCAGCUACGACGACACAAUCAAGAUCUAUUCCUUCCCGGACGCAGGGAAGUGGACACCAGGAGAGGAGCUCGAUGAGAAGGCGAUGACACCCGUUCGUAAGAUCCCGCACAACAAUCAGACGGGCCGGUGGGUGACCAUCCUCAAGCCCCAAUGGCAGCGUAACCCACAAGACGGGAUACACAAGUUUGUGAUUGGCAACAUGAACCGUUUCGUGGAUGUGUUCGCGGCAUCUGGUGAGCAGCUCGCCCAGCUAGAUGGGGAAGGCAUCACGGCCGUGCCAGCGGUUGCUGUCUUCCACCCGACGAAGGACUGGGUUGCUGGAGGCAGUGCAAGCGGAAAGCUUUCCCUGUGGAUGUGA